AUGUGGUGGGUUUUUCUGGGGAAUGGGGAGUGGGGGGUUUGCGAUGGUUAUGAUUAUAUGGAGGGUCCUCCGAUGACAUUUGUAUUUCACCAUGGUGGGAAGUUUAAACAGAAUGAGGGUGGAAAUUUGUACUAUGAGCCGGAUCACACAGAGGUGUUAAUGGGAGUUGAAGCUGACACACUUGACGUGUUCUUUGUGAGGGGAUACUAUGUCAAACUGGGAUAUGCUGAGGCUAGAGAGUGUUGGUGGAAAUCUCCAAGAGUUCCCCUUGAAUAUGGGCUGAGGAGGCUAGCCAAAGAUCAUGAUUUGGUUGCAAUGGUGAAGGAUUGCAGGAGGAACUUCAACUUGAUCAACCUGUAUUUCGAGCAUGGUGUUUCAGAGCCAUGUGUGGUUGAUGAGCAGGAAGAAUAUGUGCCUAAAAUUAAGCCAACCCAAACCAAGAGACAUCAGUCUCAACCCACCAAGUUACCAUCCCAGCAAAAAGCAUGCCCUGAAACCACGAAGGCAUCAGCUGAUGGUAGCAGAUUAUCUCAGCCUUCAAAUGAGAUUAAGGAGAAGUACAAGCCUGCUAAGACCAGAUUAGCAGAGAAAAAAAUAGAGACUGACGAUUCAAGCUAUGAAGCUUCUGAGGAUGAGGAUGAAAGUGACUCAGACCUAGAGGAUAAUCCCCUUGAUGACAAUGAUUCGGAUCUCAACUCAUGGCACUCGGAGGACUCAGGCCAGGAACUAGACUCUGAUGAGGAAUCACCAACCGUAUAUCCUCAGUAUAAUGACAAGGCAAAGUUCGGGGACCUCAAAUUUGAGGGACUAAUUCCUGCAGUGAAGGAAGUCAUGCCCAUGGCCCAGCACAGGUUCUGUGUGUGGCAUCUGUGGCGGAAUUUUUCAAAACAAUGGGGUAGCACUAAGUUGAAAGACCUGGUCUGGGAGUGUGCUCGAUCAAGGACACGUAAUGAGUUCGAGAGGAACAUGAAGAGAAUAAAGGUCAUCAACGAGCAGGCUUGGCAAUAUCUUGAAAAGUGGCCGAAGGAAGCUUGGACUAAGGCAUACUUCAGUGAGAAUCCUAAGAAUGACAAUAUUUGCAACAAUGCUUGCGAAUCAUUCAAUGCUAAUAUAAAGCAUGAGAGGACCAAGCCGGUUUUGACUUUGGCUGAAGAGGUGAGGAGAAUAAUCAUGAAGAGCAUGGUCGAUAACAAACUGAAGUUGAGCACUUAUCAAGGAAUUUUACCCUCGGUUCAGCAAAGCAGACUAGAAGCCAUGACAAAGUUAUCUAGUCACUGGGCUCCCCAAUGGUGCGGGGAUGACAAAGAGGAGUUGUUUGAAAUACAUGGCUGGUCCACAAACAUGGUGGUCGACAUGAGAAAGCACACUUGCACCUGUCGAUUCUGGCAACUCACAGGGAUGCCAUGUAUGCAUGCAAUUUCAGCAAUUCAAGACAAAAAUGGUAAGAGAACUGAGGAGUAUUGCCAUGAGUUGUUGACAAUGGAGGCGUAUAAAAGGACAUACUGUUUCAAUGUUAACCCGGUUAAAGGACAAGAUCUGUAG